AGUGUAUGCACACUCAACGCGACUUCCUCCUCGACGCGCCCUCGUCUUCACUCAAGCCUGUGAUCUUGGAUAAGUAUGAAUGGGGAACACUUCGGCUGCACAUCAUGACAUCCCCACAUCCCAAGCAUGUCUUCCUCUCAGGCCUUCGCCUCUUCGCCCGUCACACCCAACACCCGGCGCCGCCGUCGAAGCAAAUUCACGUAUAAGCAUCUGUCUACGCUCUCGCAGUAUGCGACCAACUGUCCGCUUCGCGUUAUCGCGCACCUCGACCUCGAUGCCUUCUAUGCGCAAUGUGAGACCGUCCGCCUGGGCAUCGAUCCCUCUCUGCCGCUCGCAGUGCAGCAGUGGCAAGGAUUAAUUGCAAUCAACUAUCCAGCCCGAGCCUUCGACCUGACACGUCACGUGACCAUCACUGAGGCGAAGGAGAAGUGUCCCAGCAUCAUCUGCCAGCACGUGGCAACCUGGAAGGAAGGCGACACGACAUGGAGCUACAGCCAGGAUGCAGCGCAGACAUCGCGCGAGAUUCAGACCCGCAAGGUCAGCCUGGAUCCCUACCGCAUCCAAAGCCGGAAGAUCUUGGCCUUGAUCAAAGACUGCCUGCCCAAGGAUUUGCAGCGCGUGGAGAAGGCGAGUAUCGAUGAAGUCUUCCUCGAUCUGAGUGCGCAUGUGCACAGCCUACUCUUGGAGCGGUAUCCUGAACUCCGCGGACCCCCGCCUUACGAUGAUCCAACGGAACCUCUACCUCGACCGCCUACCACCGCCUUGGACUGGGCGGCAGACGCCCUCGUCGAUCUAGACAGCAGUCAAAGCGAAGAAGACGAUCCAGACUGGGACGAUAUCGUAAUGCUCCUCGCCUCCGAGAUCGUGCGCGAUGUGCGCGCCCAAAUCCACGCCCAGCUGCAAUACACCAGCAGCGGCGGCAUCUCGCGCAACAAAAUGCUUGCCAAACUCGGCUCCGCACAUAAGAAGCCCGCCAGCCAAACGGUCAUCCGCAAUCGUGCCGUUCAGCAUUUCCUGUCCACCUUCAAAUUCACCAAAAUUCGCAACCUCGGCGGCAAGCUGGGUGAUGAAGUAGUCGCCGCUUUCAACACAGACCGCGUUGCCGACCUCCUGCCCAUCCCCAUUGAGCAGCUCAAACGCCAGCUAGGCGACGACACGGGCUCCUGGCUCUACCAUGUGCUCCGCGGCGAGGAGAACGCAGAAGUCAAUCCCCGCACGGCCAUCAAAUCCAUGCUAAGCGCCAAGUCCUUCCGCCCCAGCGUCAACAGCUUCGAAGUGGCCUGCAAGUGGCUGCGCAUCUUCGUCGCCGACAUUUUCGGGCGUUGUGUGGAAGAAGGCGUGCUGGAGAACAAGCGGCGGCCUAAGACGAUCAACGUGCACCAUCGGCAAGGCGCGCAGACGCGAAGUAAGCAGGGGCCUAUUCCGCUCGGCAAGGCCUUGACAGAAGAGGUGCUGUUUGAGCUUGCGAAGGGAUUGUUGGCGCAGGUGGUAGUCGACGGGCGCGCGUGGCCUUGUGCGAAUUUGAGCCUGUCUGUAGGCGGGUUUGAAGAUGGAGUGGUGAAUAAUCAGGGGAUUGGAGGUUUCUUGGUCCGAGGCGAUGAAGCCAAGGCUCUGAACGCCGCUGCUUCUUCCUCGUCUCGGACACCUGAUCUUCCCGACGAGCACCAGAGACAAGAUGCGCGUUCUACCAAGCGGCGAAAGCUAGACACCGGCGCCAACAUCAGCAAAUUCUUCUUCGCCUCUGCCGCGCACCGCGAGAACACCAACAGCGACGAAACGGACGGCAGCGACUCCCACUUCCACAACGCAGAGCCGGAAGAGGCAUCUGACCUCGAAGACGCAAACGAGCCCAAACACCCUGAAGACGACAACAACUCCUCCCACCACUCCACAGCAGCCCAACACCCUCCCCAGCCGCAUCAGACAAGCAUAGAAACCUACCUCUGCCCCCGCUGCAACCUGCCCAUCCCCCAGGCCGAAAAAGCCGAACACGAAGACUUCCACUUCGCCAUGGAUUUGCAGGAGGAGCAGGAUGGCGCUGCCGCUGCACCGCCUGUGCUGCGUGUCCCUGCACCUCCUCCGCCAACAUUGCCGCCGCCGUCUAAGGGUGGUGGUAAGAGUGGUGAGAAAGGAGGGAAGGCGAGGGGGAGGGGGAGGCCGGGUGGGGCUGGGUUGGGGGGUGCGGAGAAGGGGCAGCGGAGGCUUGCGUUUGGAUAG